GUUUCGACACUAGUAACACGCUUUACGACUGUUUUGGAGGCUGAUUCAAAACAGAGUAGAGGUUGUAUUAACAAAUUAGUCCCACUGCGAUUUUUUUACGAUAUAUUUAUCUUUUCGCUGUAUUAAAUUGAACCAGUUGUUAAACAGAAGAAAACUACUAUCCUCAGCAUAAUGACUGACGAGACUAAACCUGGUUCUUUAGGUUUCUUUUCGAGCUACGACGAUUUGAGCGACAGCAGCGACUCCGACGAGGAGGCUGAAAGUCGGAAGAAGACGAGCCUGAAACCGGGGACAGGAGCUCCGGGAAGCGACGCUCAGUCUCCCCAGCAAGGGACCAAACGAGCAGCCGGCGGAGCUCCUCUACCCAGACCCGACGAGCUCUUCAACUCGGUGUCCAAACCUGCUUUUCUCUACAAUCCGCUGAAUAAGCAGAUAGACUGGGACAGUUUGGCGGUUAAAGCCCCCGAAGAGCCCGCUAAGGAGUUUAAGCCAUGGAAGACAAAUGCUGUACCACCUCCUGAGAGCUACACUGCAGAGCCAGAGAAGAAGAAGGGACCCCCACCAGGCAUGGAUAUGGCUAUAAAGUGGUCCAACGUGUAUGAGGACAACGGGGAAGAUGCUCCACAGGCUUACACCGGCAACGCCCGUUUCCUUCCUGCAGAGGAGCAACCCUCUGACUCAGACGAGGACUCAGAAAAGCAAGACUCCGCCAAGAAACGUCGAGUGGAGACCUUCCAGCAGAAGGAGAAGAGGAAGAGGGACUUCGGACAAGCCACCUCUGACAAGAAUUUUGUCGAGGAGGAGAAAAGGAUCCUCAGACAAAAGAUAGAGUGAGGUCUACGUCGCCUGCAACCAGAAAUUGGUUUCUUAUUUAAACAUUUAAUGUCAGCUAAGAACAUACACGGCACAUUGGUUGGGCAGGUGGUGCUCUGCGAACAUCGAUGGACAUUUUAGCUUUUUGCUGUCCUAAAUUGCAACAUUCUGAUAAUAUUGAUCAUGUUUUCUAAUAACAACACACUGUACUUCUUUUAGACUGUUGUGGUUCAAUUUUAUUUAUAUCAUUAAAGAAUCAGGCAGAGAUUAUCGGACAGUCCUGAUGCAGAAUUUUCAAUCUUGGAACCGUGGUGUUAUUCUGGUGUUUUUACAAUCUGGGUCUUAUUUUCAUUAUUCUAGCUAUCAUCCUUCUUGGUUUUUUACUCACCAGCUGUCUUCAGAGACACAGAGAUGCAGACUUUCUGAUGUGCACAGGGCAUUACCAAACAAGUGAUCUGAUAUCAUGACACUGCCUUUGCUAUAUUUCCAAACAUGUAGUUUAGACAUCCUCGCAUCUCUGGGUUUUUGCAAAGACGCUGGUGAACAAAAUAUUAUCAUAACCAAUAAGAACGGAGGCCAUAACUACAAAGAAAUACAUCGCAGGGUUAUAAAACACUGCUAUUUUGUUUUAAACGACGGUUCAGCAAAACCUGCCCUUCCAGCUGUGAAAUAUUAAACAUAAAGUGUGGUCAGUCGGCUUUGCCUCCAGAAUGUUUUAAUUUAUUUAGCUAAAAUAACAAGUGACAUCUGGCUGUGGUGGCGUGUGUUUGUGAUUUGUCUUGUAUUAUACUCAAUAUGUAUUCACCUCUGACCUUUACCUGUGCUUGUUUUGUGUUAAAAUAGUGACUUUUCUUUGAAAAAUGUGAUAAAAAAUGGCUGUAAAUCUGUUGAAAUUAAUAUUUAAAAAGUUGUGUGUUUUCCUUGCUUAUCGGCACUAGAUGGCGCCCCGAAGCAACACUAGAAUACACCGCCUUCGUGUUUCUAAGGAAGCCUGCCGCACUCCCACUCUGUGUAAAAUGUUAGGCACGCAGAUCAUAACCAGAGCUUGUGUGUAUAUAUACAUAUGUAGUGUUUUCUCUGGAAAGGAGUGUUGAUCUUCAAUUUGGAAGUUUUGUCUCAUCUCAGUUCUCUUGAGAUACUUGAUGCAUACAGACUGUUUGUUCAGUCUCAUGUACCUUGUAUUACGCAACACUUGACAUCUGUUGAAAGUAUUUGAAGAACUAGCUUUAUCAACUUCCAAAAUUGUAUUACAAAAGAUAUUUGGAACAUUGUACUGUUUUAUGGACUCAAACAAAUCUGUUCAUUAGUGUAAACAGUUGUAUACGGAUGAUUUUAUAGUUUGUUCUCAAUGAGAUACUAUUCCUCAUAAAACCACUUCUAUUUUACUGGAAAAA